CACGGCCGGCCGGUCUAGUGAUUGGAUGUGCGCCAUGCAGCAGCCGGCGACGGACGCGGAGCUCGUGGACGCCCUCGCCCGGAGGCGCCUCGGCCUACCGCCGCAGCCGUCGCAGCCCUUCACCGUCCACGACGUCGUCGUCAUCUUCAACUCCGAUCCCUCCGACCUCUACGACAAGUACGGCGGGGGCGGGGCGACCUCGUCCGGCGGCGUCUACUUCUUCAGAAACCAAUUCACCUGCGACGACGGCUGGAAGGUGGCCGCCGGGACUCAGCCGGUCUUGGACGGCGUCGGCGCCAUCGUCGGGACGAAGGACACGCUGGUGUUCCACGAGGGGCGGUGGCUCCCGAGGACGCGCUGGGCCAUGGACGAGUUCCAAGCCGAGUACCAGAUGGGUUUCGACUACUCGGACUACUGGCUGCGCCUGUACCGCCUCCGCCGGCUUGAGGGAUGACACGGAAGCGCUGCGGUCGCUCGGUAAUUUAUCCAGCAAUUGUAGUUUAUGAUGAAUCUA